UAAAAUUGCUGUGACUUAAUUUGCUUACUAUGUGAUGUUAGCCGGUGCUUCUCAAGUGAAAUGGAAUCGAUUCAAUGAAAACAUCUUGGCCUCAUCUCAUGAUGGUGAUAUUAGAAUUUGGGAUAAAAGAAAAUCAUCAACAGCCACAACAUAUAUAGCAGCUCAUAGCUCAAAGAUACAUGGCUUGGAUUGGAGCCCAAAACAUGAGAACAUUUUGGCGUCCGCAAGUCAAGAUUCUACAGUCAAGUUGUGGGAUGUGAAGUCACCAAGAAAUGCCGAAAGUGAAGUACAGGUUGGGACACCUGUCUGGAGAGCAAAGUUUACGCCAUUUGGUCAUGGAUUGGUUACAGUUGUUGUGUCACAAAUGAGACGCUCGGAAAACAGUCUUUUAUUGUGGAAUCUGAGCAGUUCGCUGGGAAAGCCUAUUCAUGCCUUUGUUGGUCACGUUGACUUUGUUCCCGAUUUUGUGUGGAGAGUAAAGAGCAUGGAUGAUAAGGAAAAGGCAUUUCAACUAGUGACAUGGUCAAAGGAUAUGACGUUGAGACAGUGGAAAAUUGACAGUCAGUAUUUGAUUGCUUGUGGCCAUCAAUCUAUGUAUAUUUCUCCACCCGCAAGUGCCAGUUUAACUCUCCCAGCUGAGUUAGAAGUUGGUUCCAUUCCUGAAGACAGCUCUGUGCUACCAGCUCUUCUGUCUCCUCCUCCAGACACAUCUGUAGUGUCAUCACGGCAAGUUCAUACACUUUCACAGGAGUUUUCUUUGCUUAAUCAAGAUAUACCAGGAAUUACUGUAGAAAAGUUGGACCUAAGUGCUCGUACAUGUCAAGUUUCGGCUUGUGUCAACUCACUGUUUGUUCGUCUUGUCAUCUUGUUUCCAUCGUUGUAUCCCAAUGAGGCUACACCAUCGUUCCAAAUUUCUACCGAGUCACCCAUCGAUGUAACAGCAAAGAACCAACUCAUACAGUCUUUGUCCGAGACUGCUAAGCCACUGGUAAAUCAACACCGUCCCUGCCUGGAAGUGUGUUUGAGAAAACUUGUUGCACUUCUCGAACGUCAAGCAGUUCGAAGGCGUGAUUCUGGCGGUACCCAAUCUGGAGACAGUGAUAUUGAGAUUUCACAAAGAGAAACCAGAUCGAGAAAGAUGAUUACAUUUACUUAUUGUUCAUCAUUUGAUGAUAACAUUCCGUUUCCUAGAACGUGUGGAGGCAGCUUUUGCUCUGCUGGGAUGCUUGUGGUCUACAGUCGUCCUGCAGGGAUUAAAGGUCCUCACGGCGUUACAAAAACUGCAAGGUCUUUGGCUGAGUUGAGUAGUCACAGCAGGAAAUUGUUUGGUCGGUCGGCAGCUGUUGUUAAAGUAAAAGCAAGGACGGCAGCAGUUGUGAGUCGAGACUCUUCAGCUGUCCCAAUUCAGAAACAUGGUGGUCACAUAGUUAGUGAUCUGCAUGGGUACUCGACAUCCCCCGGGGGUAUGCGAGAGCAGAGAGUGUCAUUGCGUUCAUAUUAUUGGCUACCACAGAGUGAAUUGAAAAAGGUAAAAGGGAAUCAUCAACUCGUUGGCAAGCUUUACGUCAACCACAUUGUGAUAUAUGAUACUCAAUCACUUACUUCUGUGUCUUCUAGUCUUGCUGAGAUUUAUACAUUAAAUGGAAAUGACAUUUCAGCUAUUUGUGAUGCCAAUGCAGUUGCAGCUGCCAGUGUGGAACGAUAUGAACUUGUUCGAGUAUGGCAGCUACUGAAGGGUGUGACAAGGUCACAUUUGGUUUCUAGAACAAGUCUCAAUGAUGAGUCUCCUUGGGCAGCAGUACCUUUUGGACGACAGCUGGUGCAAUCACUAAUGUCACAUUAUGAAAAAUUGAAAGAUGUUCAAAUGUUGGCAAUGCUGACAGCUGUAAUUGCUCUAUCUGAAAGGGUGGGUGAACAUGAAAUGGAUCAUAUUAAUGCUAGCAACAGCUCUUUUUUUGGACAUCAGGACACUGCUCAGAAAGUUGCUUCAUUGUGGCACCAUCGACCUUUAUUGCCAUCAGCAGAUGCAGUUGAUUGGGUUGAUCCAGAUGAAGAGAAGAAAACUCAUCAACUAAGCUGCAGAUUACUGGACUCUGAACGAGAGAAGCAAUAUGAUGAGUACAAGCGAGCAUAUGGCGAAAUUCUUUACUGCUGGGGCAUGCUGCCGCAAAGAUGUGAAGUAUUGAAGUUUAUCAAGUCAGACCAGACACCACACUCUGGUCUUUCAUUUGGCAUUCAGUGUCACCAUUGUGAUAGUCCUUUGACAAAUGGUAUUACAUGCCCACGGUGUAAUAGAUAUGGAUUGAGUUGUUCGAUCUGUCGAAUAGCAGUGAAAGGAUGCUCUAACUUUUGUUUAUCAUGUGGUCACGGCGGUCACACCUUUCAUAUGAUGGACUGGUUUACCGAUCAUGAUGUCUGUCCAACCGGGUGCGGUUGCCACUGUAUAGACCAGCCAUCAAAUCUAUUAUGAAAUAGCGUAGUUGUUUUCUUUGCUAUAGAGUUCAACAUAUUCGAAUACGUUAAUUUGUGUAAAGUACAGUUGGGUUAACGUUUGUAUGUGGGGAAGCAUACCAUUAUGAAUUCGUUGCU